GCCGCCUGGUGUAAGAUGGAGCCAUAUAAGCCCGAGCCCGAGUUCCAGCGGUUUUACCACCGGUUGCUGCGUCCGCUGUCUCUCUUCCCCCGCACGACGACGCGCACAGAGUCUCAGAAGCGCCUCCCGCAGGAGGUCCCGAUGCUGCUGCCCCUACCGGUCUCAGGGCUGACGGUGGCGUCGCUCUGCCGCCAGGUAGCCGAGCGGCUGGCCAACAGCGGGCUGGAGGCGCGCGCGCCUCGCAAGGUACGACUCCGUUUCACCGAGGUCAUCUUGGACGAGCUGAAGUGCAGCUGGCAGGAGCCCCCCACCGAACCUGGUCUGAGCCACUUGAACAAUCAGAGGCUGCGGAAGCGGCUCCUGGUCUACGUGCUGCUCAGCAGCGAGCAGCUCUUCGUACGCUACCUGCACCUUCAGAAGAUCAUGUCGACCCCCGCAGCUGUCUUCACCGAAUCAGCCACGCUCACCCGGUUGGCCGCCAGCCUCGCCAGGGACUGCACAGUCUUCCUCACCGGCCCCGAGGUCUACCGUGGCCUGCUCGCUGACUUCCGCGCCCUGCUGAAGGAAGGGCAGGUCCAAGUCUGCGUUCCCAGAGUGCGCCCCCUCGGCCCCACUGGGGCUUUCAGGCUCUGCCCUAUCCCAUGGCAUCACAGCACUGGCUUUGCCCAAGUGCCGUAUUUCAACCUCAGCCUGAACUACCUCAUCCAGCUCAGCCGCCCGCGGGAGUUUGUCAGUGAGCCUGAACCGGAUCCAGUGAAGGAAUUGAAGUCCAUUCCCCAGCUGAAGAAGAAGAAGCCUCUCCGCUGGCUGUCCACCAUGCAAAAGAGGAGAGAAAGCAACUUCAAUUCACAGAUUGCCUCACUGCCUGGGUCCUCUGUGGCUCCCCCCAGCCAGGCUCCCCCCACCUCCCACUUGCCCCUCUCCUCCCAGCUCCAGAGGGGCCAGUCCAUGCCCUCUCUGCGUGAGGGCUGGAAACUAGCAGAUGAGUUGGGCCUUCCUCCAUUCUCUCCUCGCCCCUUAACCCCACUGGUCCUGGUUGCAGAGAGCAAACCAGAGCUGGAAGGGGACACUGUGGCUGAGGACCUGAAGCAGAGGAUGAAGAACAUGCACUUGGGGUGGUCUCACUACUCACCGCUGGACUCGGGCCUGCCCCCACUCUUGGGGGCCCUGACCUACCGCCCAGCUGCAAAACAUCACAUGGAAGAGCUGCAGAGAAUGUUGAAGGGCCUCGAGGAGAAGGAAGCCUCAGAGCAGUGGAGCCUCCAGCCCCCCAGAUCCCCUCCCCUUGAACCACAGCCAGUGACUGUUACUUUGAAGCUAAGAAAUCAGGUGGUCCAGGCAGCUGCUGUACAGGUCUCAGCAAGAAACUUUUUGGAUUCCUUCCACGUUGAGGGGGCCGGAGUCCUAUACAACCACCUGGCUGGUGAACUGGAACCCAAACUUAUCGAGGAAAUGGAUACUGAUCGCACUUUUGGCAGUAGCAUUGGGAAGGUCUACAAGGAGCUGAUGAGCUGUGUCUCUAAUGACCACUUCUCUUUUGACCAGGGGCCCCUGGUUGAGCCUGCAGCCAAUGAAGACUGGUCGGCCUUCCUAUCCUCAGCCUUUCUACGUCAAGAAAAACAGCGUCAUAUCAUCAACACCAAGCUGGCUGGACUUUAUUCCCAGAGAGCUAACACUUUACAGUCCAACCCUGAUAAGAUGUCCUCCCUCACAUCACUCCAAGCAAGUAAAAGCUGGGAGAAGUGGUCAAACAAGGCCUCAUGGCUGAACUGGUGGAAAACGACUUUGUCUGUGGGUGACUACUUCAAGUACCUCACCACCCAGCAGACAGAUUUCCUCCAUGUCAUCUUCCAAAUGUAUGAAGAGGAGGUUCCUGUGGAGAUCGUGGCCCCUGUCAGAGAGUCCCUGGAGAUUCAGCACCCACCUCCCUUGCUGGAAAACGACGAGCCAGACUUUGUGCCAGGAGAGUGGGAUUGGGACACGGUGCUGGAGUGCAGGCUGGGAACUAAGAACAACAGCCUCCUGGAAGACUCUCACAAAAUCCUGAGCCUGCAGAAGCGUCUGGAGCGGCUGUGGUCCAUGCUUGAGGUCCCUGACAAAGACCGGCUGGACAUGGCCAUCAAGUACAGCUCCAAUGCCCGCCUGAGGCAGCUGCCGUCACUGGUGAGUGCCUGGGAGCGGGCCUUGCAGCCCAUUCAGCUGCGGGAGACAUUGCUGGGGAGACUGGAGUGCUUUGAGCGACAAGCCUCCGACCCUAACCGCUUCUUCCACAAGACCGACAUGGGCCUGAGUCGCUUCCUGGAGGAGAAUCAGAUCCGCAACCAUCUCCAUAAGAGGCUCAGUCUAGUGGAGGCUCCUUUGGUUCCCCUCCUGGAGGAGAUCGAGUUAGUCUUUGGUGAGCCAGUGACCUUCAAGGGGCGGCACUACCUGGACAAGAUGAAGCAUGACAAAGUGGAGAUGCUCUACUGGCUGCAGCAGCAGCGGCGGGUCCGCCACCUGGUCCGGGCCAAGAGGGCCUCCCAUCAGUCAGCCCUGUCCAGGAAGCUCAGCAGCCAGCCUUUAGUAGCCCUUGGUAAUACCCCAUUACUCUUUGACCAGACCAAGUGCCCUCAGAUCCCUCCCUCACCCCCAUACACCCAGCAGCUCACCCAGACCUCUUGACUGCUUUGAAAGAAGAAAUAUCUGGGAGUGCGGGGUUCAGGAAAACUGUGCUUCCAA